GAAAAUUAUUUAAAAUGAAUCAAAAUGAACUUCACCAUUUGAUAUAAAAAUGUUAUAGAAUAGAAAAAGAAUUAGGAGGAAAUGCAGAAGCCAGUAUAUUUUAUUCUUUAUGUGAAAGCAAAAAAAGUAAAAAAAUCAAGAGAAUUUGAUGUUAUUAAAGAGUUGUUAAUUGCAAAGAUAUUUCAAAUUAGUAAACUUCAAGAUUAAAGAGAUGAUAAAAUGGCUAAGUAUGGAAAUGAUAGAGAUUAGAUAGCUAUGGGUAUAUAUGUUUGAAUAUGAUGUUGAUUAGGAGUGUAAAUUAGAGAUGAAAUUCAUGAAGUUGAAAGAAUGAUUAAAUAAAUGGGGGAAUCACUUGAAAGAAUGAGUAGAAAUCAAAAAAAAUAUUCAAUUCAAGAAAUAGAACUUAGAACAAAAAUUUUAUCAAAAUACAAAUAGAAUCUCGAAAAUUUAAAAUUAAGAGAGUAAGGAGAGAGAAUUGAGGAUUCUGAUAAUGAAAAACCAUUGCUUCUUAAGGAUUUAUAAUAAUGUAAUUUAUUAAAUGAAUUAUAAUUUUUAUAGAACUCUACAAAAAUAAACCCAACAGGGAAGUUGUUUAUCAAAUUACUAAAGACGAAUAAGAGGCUUUAGAUCGAUUUGAAUAAAAUGAUAGAAUCAUUGAUGAUAAAUUAGAUAUUAUAAUUAAUGGUGUUGAUGAAAUGAAAAUUAAAGCAUAAGCCAUUGGAAAUGUAACUAUCAUUUUUAUUAAUUCUAAUUUAGAAAAUAGAGUAAACUAAAAGUUAGCUUAAAGUCUUAGAUAAAUAAGUUGAUAAAACUAAUCUAACAUUAUUGAAUUCUAAUAAAUAAUUAAAAGACCUACUUUUAAAAUUUAGACAACCAAACAAAUUUUGCUUAGAUAUCACACUCUUUUUACUAUUUUUAGGAAUAAUAGGUGUUAUUGUCAACAUGAUUUAUUCUAAAUGA